UAGUUUUAUUUUUUCAUUGGGUGAUGCUGAUAUGAAAAAUGCCGUUUUGAGUCGCGUGAAAAGAAGAAACAGUGCAUUAAAUUAUGAGGAAUAUCUUGGACCGUCAUUUGGCUUUGACGAUAUUACGGUCAAUGGUGAGAAUUAUAGAGAAGAGAUGAAAUGUUAUUCAGGAAAUUAUAGCUAUGAAAAACCAAUUCGAUCUGAAGG